AUGUUGCAGGACUUUAUUGAUAAUUUGAAUGCACGAUUUGCACUGAAAGAUAUGGGUGAACUACAUCAUUUUUUGGGAAUUGAGGUAAGAAGAGGCAAGAAUAUCUCCAGAAGUAAAGGUGAAAAGAUGGCAGACCCUUCUUUGUACAGAAGUGCAAUUGGUGGACUACAAUACUUAGCACACACACGGCCUGAUAUAACCUUUGAUGUGAACAAGAUGAGUCAAUUUUUGCAAACACCUUCAGAUGUCCACUGGAAAGCAGUCAAAAGAAUCUUUAGAUAUCUGAAAGGGACUAUUGAGCAUGGAUUAUGGAUUCAAAGGAGUUACAAAAUGAGCAUCAUUGGUUUUGCUGAUGCAGAUUGGGCAUCAUGCCCUGAUGAUAGAAGGUCAACAGUCGGCUAUUGUGUGUACUUGGGAGAUACAUUGGUGGCUUGGUCUUCAAAGAAACAACACGUUGUGGCUAGGUCCAAAUUAGCAGGCCGAGAAACCAAUUCAGAAACUACGGUUAGAGAGAUAAAAGUCGAAUUUUCUUUAGCUGUUUGCAUGCAAUUAAAUGAUCGGAUAAAGAAAAAUAAGCGUUAA